GUCUUGUUCUUGAGUGUCUUAGUGUUGUAUACACGUUAAGGGAAGCUUGUUUCCCUUGGUUGUACGAAGGAAAGGUAUGUUCAACCGUUUUUCCAAGAUAGUCAAUGAUCUUCAUGCUCUCAAGAAGACUUACACCGACAGGGAUCUUGUGCGAAAGAUCCUACAGAGCUUGACAUCUGAAUGGCGAUCCAAGGCCGAUGCCAUAUAUGAGUCAAUCGGCACAUCAACUGUCACCAUCGACGGUUUAAGAGGUAAUUUAAAAACUUAUGAAUCUACUAUACUUAACCCAUCUUUGAAUGACCAGAGAAAAGGCAUAGCAUUAAAAGCCUCCAAAGAACCGACAAUGAAUGACUCAAGCGACGAAGAUGAAGUCAAGCUAAUCAUGAAGAAGUUUUGCAAACUUCUAAAGAAAGAGAAGGUUGAGGAUGGCCCUGUGUGCUAUGGAUGUGGUGAAGCCGGGCACAUCAAGAACAAAUGCCCGAAAAGCGGAAGGAAUGCUCGGCACUUCAAAAGGCAAAGGGCAUAUAUCUCUUGGGGUGGCGACUCCGGAGACGAGUCAACCGAUCAAGACGAGGAUGAAACUUCCAACCUCUGUCUCAUCGCGCACGAAGACCAAACCGACGAUGUACAAGAG